AUGCCACUACAACCAAUUAUCCAAUCAGCUCACACUAAAUUUGGAAUUUUUAUGUUCAGAAGCAUAUCUCAAGUUAUGUUUUCUAAUGGAGUCGAAGCUGAUGGGUUAACAGAUGAACAAUUUAAAGGUAGGCUUCCUGAGGCAAAUAUCAUAAAUAUUAGUGAAGAAAAAUGUCAUAUUAUAGAUCAAGAAUUGUUUAAUAACUCUGGGUUAAUAAAAGAAAUAAUCAAGAUCAAAUUGAUGCAAUUACAAGCAGGUUUUGGUGUUCAGUUAGAUAAAGAUAUGGAUGAAAUACCUACACCUCUACUGUGA